AUGAGUGAAUAUUGUUUAGGAGUGAUUACUAUGGUAAAAACAGCUAGUGCAUGGGAUGUUAGACAAGAGGGAAGCAGAGUUAGGGCAUUAUCCAUGUCUGGAACAACGGUUGGUCUUUAUGGGAUACCCUGGUGUAAGAAAUCCCUGCUGUUAACUGUCUUGAUGUCAAUUAUUGGAGCUUCCAUGGGAAUUCUAGACACAGGUGGCAAUGUACUGGCACUGAAUACCUGGGGAGCAGAGGCUGGGCCGCAUAUGCAGGCCUUACACUUCAGUUUUGCUGUCGGUGCAUUUGUGGCUCCAAUCCUGGCUAAAAUGGCCUUGGGAGGCUCCGACUCUAAAGACCUUCCAGUAGCUGGAAAGACAAACCAGUCUGUCCCGAGGUCUGUGCCGACAUCAUCAGCUGCAUCAGCUGCGUCAGCACUGAAACACCAUCUUGGUGCAGAUUUUUUGUGGUCCUAUGUUGUCAUAGGGACCUAUCUUCUGCUCGUUUCUUUCUUCUUCUUUAUUUUGUAUUCAAAGGGCAGCUCAGCUCGAGACAAAUCAAAGGCUUCUUUGCAGAAAGGCAUGUUUGCCAAAUACCACUAUGCCCUUAUUAUUCUCCUGUUCAUGUUUUUCUUCUGCUACGUGGGAGCGGAGGUCACGUACGGCUCUUACAUAUUUACUUACGCGGAGGUCUUUGCCGAGAUGAAAGAAAACGAAGCAGCCGCUUUGAAUUCUGUCUUCUGGGGCACAUUUGCCGCUUGCAGAGGAGUGGCAAUAUUCUGUGCUGCUUGCUUGUACCCUGGCACCAUGAUCCUGCUGAGUAUCGUAGGCUCUGCCGUCUCCUCUUCGUGCUUGGCCUUCUUUGUGAGGUACCCAGCCUCGCUGUGGGUCGGAACCGCUAUGUAUGGAGCGUCGAUGGCUACCAUCUUCCCCAGCGGCAUUUCCUGGAUAGAACAGUACACGGUCGUGCAAGGAAAAUCGGCUUCCCUGUUUGUGAUCGGCGCCGCGCUGGGCGAGAUGUGCAUUCCGUUCCACCACGUUCCCGUGGUUAUGUACACCGCCUUGGUGACUUCUGCAGUGACAGUUAUACUCUUCCCUCUGAUGUACAAAUUGGCCAACUGCCCCGGUGAGAGCGACUUGAAAGAAAUGAGCGAGAGCGAGGACCGGAAAGCUUUGUUGUCAAACUCGGGGCUUAAUGAGGACGAAGAGGAUGAGGAGGAUGCGGGAGAGUGGAACGAAGCAGACUUUGAGGUAAUAGAAAUGAAUGACACGCUGAGAAACUCUGUGAUAGAAACCUCCCGUAAGAUACCCGGGGACUCUCCAGCCAGCGUCUCCCUCCAGCCCCAUCUGGACCAUGUAUUGCGCGAUUCUCCAGUGGUUGCUGGUGGCUCCCCUGGGAGAAAAACUGUGAAUGUUGACCGGGAGAAGAACGAUUGA